AAAAAAAAAUUAAGUAAAACUUCGGCUCCCACAGGGGAGCAAAUGCGACCGUUUUGAUCUCAUAUUCUCAUCCUUAUAGCCGCCGGCAAAAUUGAUCGGUAAAAUAUUAUUCUCCGACGUUUCGAGAAACUUCAGAGUCGUCAUGCUCUCCUCCUCUAGACGCUCUCUCUCUUCUCUUCUCCGAUCAAGUUUCCAUCUCCGCGGUGACACUGCGGCGGCAGCAGCUGUCUCCUGUUCCUCUCCCUUCUCCGACUCGUACGGUGGGAUCAAGAACUUGCAUUCUCGAGCUGGGGAAUCAAUCUUAUGGAGAAAUAGUCAGCUAUGUUGUUCUCAAUUUGAACGAGAACGAGUCUCAUUCUCACUAUUUAGAUGCUUCAGCGGUGGUAAUGAUAAAGAUCCUCGCUUGGAUCGGAGUUUUUUCGUUCAGCUAUGGGUUUCAGAUAAGAAAAAGUUUAAAGCUUUGGAAAAGCGAUAUCGGAAAGGUUCUAAGUAUAUGAGAAGUUAUCCUGAGAAUGAUGGAUUGAGUGACCAUUUUGAGAAUGUUGAGCCUAUGCUGCAGCAACCACCGGUUAGUCAGUCUAUGUCUGGUCUUCUGGAGCCUAAAACUUCUGAGGAGGCCAAAAUUGCAACUCUGCUUGCACGAUCUAAUUUGCUGGUUACAAGGGACAUUGAAUGGGCAAAUCUGGUUCUUGGUUUUGAACAGGAAAAUCGAUAUAUUGUAGUAGAUGUUUGCUAUCCUCAGGCACCUGUGGGGUCUAUCCGGGAACAAAGCAAUUUAAUUGCACGGCAGCUUCUUCGUACCCGGCGCCCAUUUGUUGCUUCCAUAACUGAUGCUUUGGGUAAUGAGCUUUGCCGGGUUCGCAGACCUUUCUGGUGGAUCACAAGUUCAAUAUAUGCUGAGAUUGACGGAGAGGAAAUUGGUGUUGUUCACCGAAGAUGGCAUCUAUGGAGAAGAAUUUAUGAUUUAUACCUGGGGAACAACCAAUUUGCAGUGGUAGAAAAUCCUGGGUUCUGGAAUUGGACAUUUACAGUGAAGGAUGCUGAUGGAGAAGUGUUAGCCCAAAUAGACCGUGAUUGGAGGGGUUUUGGCUUUGAGAUAUUCACAGAUGCUGGACAGUACGUGAUCCGAUUUGGAAAAGCUGAUGUUGCAGCCAAAACCGGGCCUGCGACAACGAUAGAAGAGCUAGAAGUGAAACGGCCAUUGACUUUGUCAGAACGAGCUGUUGUCCUGACACUUGCUAUUUCACUCGACAAUGAUUAUUUUUCCAGACAUGGUGGCUGGGGAAUCCCAUUCAUGGCGGUGGGUGAGUAGUAAGUAGGGUUUUUCACAAUCUCUGUUUCAGGUAAUGAUUCAUAUGGCUAUCCGAAAACUUGAGCUUGUGCUGUAUUUCUCCUUGUUUCAAUUCUUACGAAUAUGCAGAGUAGAUGUAACUUAUAAUUUGACAUAAACUCAUAUAAGGAUGAUUAUUUUUGGAUGAUGACCAA